AUGAUGUGGAAUGUUUCAGUCAUAACAGUUUUCACACUUUCAGGGUUAAAUUUCACAUUUGAAGAGAAAAUUGCCCUCUUCUCGUUCUCUUUGUUGUGGUAUUUAUUGAUUCUGUUGUUAAAUGGCAGUAUUAUUAUUGCCAUCAUUAUGGAUAAAAACCUCCAUGAGCCCAUGUAUAUCAUCUUGUGUAAUUUUUGCAUUAAUACGCUGUAUGGCACUGUUGGAUUUUAUCCUAAAUUCCUUUUGGACCUUCUGUUUUCUCAUGUCAUUUUGUAUGCUGGAUGUAUGUUACAGGGUUUUGUAAUACAUUCAGCAAAAGCUUGUGACUUUUCCAUCCUCACUCUGAUGGCGUACGACAGAUAUGUGGCUAUAUGUCGACCUCUGCAGUACCAUUCCUUCAUGACAAAACAGAGAGUGUUUCUCUUAGUGUUUUUCUUCUGGUUGAUACCACUUUGUUGUAAGUUAGUUGGUAGUAUGACAUUAUUGGGAUCACAGUUGUGUGGUUCUCACAUAAAUAGAAUAUACUGUGUUAACUGGAUGAUUGCUUCACUUGCUUGUUCACCCCCCAAAGUACAUAUUGCUGUGGAAUAUUUUAUUAUCAUGUUUUAUGUCUGCCAUAUCUGGCUUAUUUUCAUAUCUUAUGUUUACCUGAUAAGAACAUGUUUAUCAUCUAAAAACAGCUGGAGGAGGUUUAUGCAGACAUGUUUGCCACAUUUAAUCUGUCUCUUCAUUUUUUUGUUUUCUCUGCUUUUAGAUUUAUUUUACAUGAGGUUUGGUUCAAAGGAUUUGUCUCAAGAUCUCUCUAACUUAAUGGCAAUGGAAUUUCUUUUUAUUCCUCCAGUAGUUUACCCACUUAUAUAUGGACUCAAACUCACCAAAAUACGCAAGAAACUUGUGAAUUAUUUCUGUAUUGUAAAGAAAAAGCAAAUAGGGAGAGUUCAACACAGUGCUGUGGAAGCUAAGCUAACAGACCUAGCCGCUCACUUGGCUAAUGCCGAAUCCCGUAUUGACUUUCUCGAGGAUGCUAAUAAGGUGCUAGAAGCUAAUCCUCCAGCCACCCAGACAGAAGUGGAGGCACUGAGAAUGAAAGUGGAUGACCUGGAGAAUAGAUGCCGGCAGAAUAAACUUCGUUUUGUUGGUUUUCCGGAGGACGCUGAGGGCUUGGAUAUUCUGGCGUAUAUGUGCUCAACCAUCCCAGAGCUCCUGCAGUCCGAUUUCCCUGGAGGCCUGCAGAUUGGCCGUGCGCACCGGAGCCUGGGUAAGUGCAGACUGGAGGGCCAGCCACCUAGGGCUAUCAUUGUCCGACUUCUACGAUUUCAGGACCGGGAGCGGAUUGUGGAGAUGGUGCGUAAGAGGGGAAAAUUACACUGGGAUGGACAUCAUAUUAUGAUCUUUCCGGAUUAUUCUAAGUUGGUCACAGACAAGCGGGCGGGAUUUAGCCAAUGUAAAAAACUACUACACGAGAGGAAAAUUGCGUUCUCCCUGGUGUUUCCAGCAGUGCUUGUCCUCAAGAUGGCCGGAGGUAAACGUGAGUUCACUGACCCCAAGAAGGCAUUGAAUUACAUUUGA